CCUCCUCGCCUCUGCCCGGCCUCCUGCGGCCACGUCGUUCUCCGCUUCUUGCCGCCUUGCCGACCGGUUCUGGCUCGCGCCGCGUCACUUUGCCGUCGCGCCACGUCGCUUCCGUCGUGGACGCCGACGACUCGGCCGACUCGACCAGUCUCUAUUCAGCGCCGCUUCCGGGGCCGCACUCGUCGACGUCGACGUCGGCGUCGCUGCUGGUGCUGCUGCUGUUGGGCGGUCGGCAGGACGGCGACGCGCCUGACGCCGCCUCGCUCGGCUCCAGGCGAGGUCCGCUCGACUCGCAGACCCUUCCACAAUUGCGACUGUCCGGCACCGGCACCAGCGGCGGCCGCGGCCGCGUCCAAGCCUCGGAAGAGGCAGAGGCGCGCCAGGCCAGACGACUUUCCGUCGGACCCGAUCGCGGCUUGGGCUCGCCGUUCGACCGGCUCAAGUGGAGACUCAAGCGGAUGGUGCGCAAGAGGCCGCCGUUCGGUAAGCCUCUCCGACUGCGUCGUCUCGUCGAAAAGCUCCAUUUCGCACGACUCCACUUUCCGCUUGAACGGACACGGCUUGGUUGA